AUGACAUGCGACACUGACGAAAACGACAACCUUUAUAAAAUCGAUAUAAGAAUUGAGGAUGAUGAAGGCAAUCACCUUAAAGAGCUUUUUGAAAAAGGACUCGGUUCACUCUUAGAUGAUAAGCAUUUUUUAUUACUUUAUGUUCCUGAAGACAAUGGUGACAAGAUGCAAAUUGUACGACCUGCCAGCAAUCUAUUCCAUCGAAGACGCAUGAUCAAAAGGAUUAAUGAAGCCAAACGCAUUCCAUCUUUUUAUUACGCAUUGUCACACCUUUGGGGGCUUACAGAAAACAACCGUUAUCACUGGAAUGAUAUCAAUGAAUACGUGAAUGACGAAAACGGACAACCAGUAAAGCCUGUAUCCAUGCGACCUGAGAAACGAGAUGCAUUACUUACAAUGCUCCAGGACCAUCCUGACAGCUAUUGGUGGAUUGAUGUCUUGUGUGCACGUACCAAUACACCUUUGCAUAUCAUGGGUGAUAUUUAUUCUUGUUGUCUUGAAUGUAUUGCCAUGAUCGAUUGUGAUCCAACCCUGAUACAUACCAUUCACACGAUGUCGGAUAAAGCAAAAGAUUUCGAGGAACUACAUUUCAAUGCAGGAGGAUGUCCAACCUACGACCAGAUUUAUCAUACGAAAGCUCCUCAGCUGAUUGAAUCCUUGUGCACAUUCGUACAAAGGCAAUGGUGGCAACGUGUAUGGACUUGGCAGGAGAUGGCGCUUCCUGUUGGAGACGUGCGGUUCAUAGCUGAAACAGACACGCUACACCUACCACCAACCCACACAAUCACUCUGAAUGAAUUGCUUCGAUUUAAGAAAAUGGUGAGGCUCAUGUGGGAUCGUGGCGUACGCGAUACGUUGCAUGAUAGAGAUGCCAAGGCAAUGAAGUUGGUAUCCAAGGUACUUGAUGACAUUUACGGUGCCAGAAAAUCAAACAAGUAUCGUAUCUCGGGAAGCAAGGAUAGAUUUUACUUUCUUCUGUGGUCAUUACGUGAUUCCACAAGACGAUGUUAUGACCCAGCUGAUUAUGUUUAUGGUGUGCUCGGCAUGUUGCAGAUCAAAAUUCCAAGAAUGGACGAUCCGAAUGCUGUUUGGCGGCAUUUGUUGAUGGCGCUGGAUGAUUAUAUGAAAGAUGAUGAUGAUGAUGAUAGGUCUGGCUCUCCAAGUUGCGUUGAUCGUGCUGACAUCAUCGACUUGUGCAAAGCUAAAAAUAUCGGUUAUGUAUACAAAAAGCUGAUUGAGAUCUAUUUUGGAUUCAAAUAA